GCCUUAAGGACGAACCGAACGUUGAAUAUGUUAUCACUCAGCGACAACGAUAUUCACGAUACCGGUGCAACUGCACUGGCUGAAGUAACAUCCUUCCGGUGUCUAACUGCCAUACCACCCGAAGGUUGCACGAGGGUUGGGAUACUGCCGGGUUGCCCAAGCCUAGACAGGGGAAGUCGAGAGGCAAAGGUUGGGUUCGGACCACAGACCUUGCGAUCAGUAAAGUCGCGCUCUAACCACUUGGAGCAUCUCGUCCCCGCAAACACCAUCAAAUGGACAAAACACUUUUAUUUGCGUCAAAUACAAUGUAAGCUCUCAAAGCGGAUGUUCAGAAAGGCACACAAUUUGUUUUAUCCAUUGGAACAUUCAAUAAACGUCUUAACUCGUUUCAAAGACAUUUUAACCGAUUCGCUGCUGAGGGCUGGUUUGCCGGAGAUAGUGCUGUUUUCCAUGCCCAGUUCAGAGUGGCGUGAACAGAAAGGUGGCCAACCCUUGACUUGGCAGAGAAGUAUGAAAGAGAUCAGAAGCGCUUGGGUGCUUUCGGUGCUACUCGCCUUCCGGGAUGGGGACCGCGUGAUCCUUACUCUGCCUGAUCGCCUGAGUGAAUGUCUGGAGGUGUGGGCACCUCGGAAUGAUUGUGCUAAGCUAGUGGUUUCACAGUAUUUUUUAACCCACGAAGAAGUUGUUCAACGACGGAUGCUUCAAUCUGCAAGACAACUGAUACAAACUCAGCCUGUGCCACAGGGUCCUACGACUGGAAAGCGAUCUAAAAAAGGCAGCCCAUCAACAGACGCAAGAGAGGCAAGCGAAAAGGUCCAGGAGCAGGGAAACAGAAAUCGAAAUGAGGGAACAGAAAAGGAGGACAAACGGGGACCGAGAUCAAGAAGACUGGAACAAACCACAACAAAGAAAGUGACGCAAUCCUUGAGGUGGACAGAAUUUUUUAAGGGAAUGAAGGAUAUUACAAAAAAUCUGCAUGAUGUUAGUGCUGUCCGUCCUCCAGGACCGAAUUCACAUGAUCCUCUCUUUGCUUGGCUGGAGACAGUAAACCAUGUGGCGGCUAACCCGAUAUCAGUGAUAUUCAUACUGUUGAUGUCCGUGAAACGGAGCAAAUCUACCAACGUGUUUUCCCUUGAAGAGUCAAAUGACCAUUUGGACACACGGAGAACGAGUGGAAGGAUGGGAACAAGCCGUACGGUCCGAUCUGGGAGAGAAACGCCAGAGUCCAACCAAGCUGACCUGAUCUUACCCAAAAUACCACGUCCAGACAGCGCGGACUCGACACAUCCACUCAUGGGAAAAGCCACUUAUGUUGAGCCCCACGGAUUGCAAGUUGUGGGAAACUUCAUGUUGGCGUUUCUGAACUUGUCUAAAGUUUUUAUUACCCAGUAUUACACUGUUCACGCUGCAGGAAAUCGGAUUAGUGAAGUCGGCCUAGCCUCCUUUCUCAAAGCCAUGGAAUUUCAAGCAGAACAUAUUCGAUCUGAUACAAACUGCAACGGGCUUGGCCUUCUGAAACUUCUGUUACGAGGCAACAGUUUCGACGACCAGUGUCCUCAGUUCACUCGAUUGAUGGAUAUUGUCGAACCCAGAGAUCCCCUCAACCGAUUGACAACGGCUACCGAUCGGGACUCAACACCGACGGACAGACAGUCAACUAAGUAA